AUUUAAUAAAUAAAUUAAGGUAGGUUAAUUUAUUCAAAAUAAAUAAAUAAAAUAUAUUUAAUUAGUAUGAAAAAAUUAAAAUAAAAUAAGAAAAAUAACUUCUUUUUUGCCUUUUAAAAAGUCGUUUAUAAUGACUUCGAGACGAAGAAGGUGACCAACAAGGAGAAGAAUACUCUCUUUUUAUCUGUCUCGCGAUAUUUUGGCCGACUACUAAGAUUCAAACCCACCUGGGCCCGAAUCGAACUUUUAUUGAACGACAAAACAAAAAUGAAAAUGAAUUUUAAAUUAAAAAAAUCUAAGGCGUUAAAUUAUAAUAUAGAAUAGUUGAGUGAGAUGUUGGAUGCUUUAUAAUUAUAAAUAUAUUAACACACAAUAUUAGACAAUUGAUAUGCAAUAUUUGGUAUUUUGUCAUCGUAUGACCAUUGAAACAAGUGAAACAAUCCUUUUCAUCAUAAACUUACUAUAAAGUAGAAUAAUAGUUAUGUCAAUAAAGUUUAAUAAACACAACGAUCUGUAGACAGUAGAGCUAGUUUAAAUUAGCCGAUCUAAGUUCAAACUUUUACUACUCGAGCUCGAGUACUUAGGGGGCGAUUGUUUAUAAUUUCUACAGUAAAAAAACUAAUCAAACUAAAAUUUAACUCAGUUACAUAAAUCGGGUUUGCAAAUAAACCAAACGAAGCGUUUUGUGUAGAAAUAGAUACUCUCUCACGUCUAAUCCCCGGCGAGCACCCCCACCCCCCGCCGCUGCCGCUUCCCGUCAACUGUUUAUUCAGUUUCCUCGACUUAUGGACCUCUCAAUCUCGCAUAGUUCAGUCAAAAGUUCGGUUUUGGGUCAAUCGCGCAUCUGCAAUUCACCGGUUAUUCUCUCGCAGCGCGUUUUCCUCCCUCUACCCCUUCAGCAGCGCAGUGUACAACUCUUCUCCAGGUAUCUCACAACCCCUCCAAUGGAGUUCAUUGCACCUCAUGCAGUCGUUAACAAUAGUUCUCCGUCGACAGAAAUAGCUCAGGGGGUAAGGAUUGGAGAGGUGAAGAGGGUUACCAAGGAGACGAAUGUCAGUGUGAAGAUUAAUCUGGAUGGCAGUGCCACAACUGAAAAUAAUACGGGCAUUCCUUUUCUCGAUCACAUGUUAGAUCAACUUGCUUCACAUGGGUUAUUUGACGUACAUGUUAAAGCCACUGGAGAUAUUCAUAUUGAUGAUCAUCAUACUAAUGAAGAUAUAGCCUUGGCAAUUGGAACUGCUUUGUUGCAAGCACUUGGUGAUAGGAAAGGAAUUAACAGGUUUGGAGACUUCUCGGCUCCUCUUGAUGAAGCACUUGUACAUGUUUCGCUGGAUUUAUCCGGAAGGCCUCAUUUGGGUUAUGAUUUGCACAUACCAACAGAGAGAGUUGGAACUUACGACACACAGUUGGUGGAGCACUUCUUUCAGUCUUUGGUUAAUACCUCUGGGAUGACACUACACAUACGACAGUUUUUGUAUACAUUCUUGCUGGGAGGAAUUCUCACCACAUCAUCGAGGCAACCUUCAAGGCAUUUGCAAGAGCCCUUCGGCAAGCAACAGAGUAUGAUCCUCGCCGUGGAGGAAGUGUUCCAAGCUCGAAAGGUGUCCUUUCGCGCUCUUGAUGCUUCAUCAAUUGCGCCAAAAACUAAAUGCCAGGCUUGCCAGCUCUCAACUAAACAUUCAAUGUUCAGAAACGAAAUCAUUGCAAAGGUUUGCACCGUCUACAUUUCGAGUAUUUCAGCCUUCUUCAUGAAUCCUGAAAGCUCAGUCUUUUAAGAACCUUUUCUAGUAUAACUUUGUAUAUCAGCUUUCAUACCCUAAUUUAAUAUUCUGCAUGUUGUAUUGUUUUGUUUGAAAAGAUUUAAUUAUAUGCACGCCAAUUCAUCUAUGAAGAUAAUGAAAUUGAAAGAGGCUUUGGGGAGAUUUCAAAUUUCACUCGAAUAUUAGUAGUUGAGACAAAUUGAAAAUGAAAGAAAACCUUUUUGUUAUCAAGAAAGAAAAAUAAUACCAACACUUUAUAAGGCAUUG